AUAAAGCAAGGAAGCAAGCUCAGGUAAGUACUAUAGCUCAAUCUAAUCUACUUGCAAUUGAUUUAAGCAAAAGACACUACUGCAUCAUGCAUGUUCCUUUGUGCCCAAGUAAUAUAAAUACUUUACUUUAAUGCACAAAAAAAUUAAGAGAGCAAUUUUCCUUCAUCUUCUAUCAGCUAAUUCAAGUCAAAUAACAAAACUUGAUGUGUAAUUAACUCUAAUUGUUUUCUAAACCCUAACUAUAUAUACAUACAUGUACAUAAAAACAAAGCUCAGUCAUAGAGAGAAUAUCAUGGCAGAAGAGUUAUGUAGAAGUGCAGGAGAGAGCAGCUGGUGGUACAGCAGUACUGAUGCUUCAUCUUCCUUGUCUUACAAAGAAUCUUAUUCUGCGCCUCCACCGGCCUGCGAUAUCUCGAUCCUCCCUCGGGAGGAAGCUUAUGAUGCAAUAAAGCUCCAACAAUUCUUCCAUCGUCCUCAAUUCUCAACCUUCAACUGGACUGCUCAUGAUCAGCCUUUCCUUUUGAAUGGCUGGAGAUCAGGUGAGAACGGCGGCCUAGUUCAUGGAGCCAUGCUCCAGAUGGAAGACCACCAUGCUUCGACUGCGGUUCGCGAUAUUUUUCCGUUCGAGCAGCAUCGAAUCUGCAAUGAGUUUGGAUCAAUGGAAAGGAUUAAGGCACAGCCACAGUACUGCGCUUUUGGCACUCCUGAUGAUGAUCAAGUAGCAAUUCAGCUGCCUCCAGUACCAUUAAUGCAUGUUCCAUCAUCAUGGAAUAGCCUUUCCCAGCUGCUAAAGUCCACUACUCUUAUGGCUCAAAGGCAACAUGAAUCGAGCUUUAAUAACCAGUUGCAGUUCGGCAGAAACACCACCACCACUACUUCUCCCUUUUGGAAUGCCUCAUUCAUCAUGGAACCUAAACCAAUUUUGAGGAAUCCAACAGCUACGAUUAAUUCAGGAGGUGAUCGAGAAUCUUGUUCUUCAUCGACCCAGAAAACUGAAAGCAAACCUGCAGUGAAAAAGCCCAGAAUAGGAACACCUUCACCUCUUCCGACUUUUAAGGUGAGGAAAGAGAAGCUAGGAGACAGAAUAACUGCUCUCCAGCAGCUAGUUUCGCCUUUUGGAAAGACUGACACUGCCUCAGUUCUUCAAGAAGCCUUUGAAUACAUCAAAUUCUUGCAUGAUCAAGUCAGUGUUUUGAGCAGUCCCUAUUUAAAGAGUAGUAAUGGCCAUUCCACGCAACAAACAAAGAUGAUUAGUGACAUGUACAACUCGAGUAAGGGCGAUGAAGGGAAAAGAGUAGUACUAGAUCUUCGGAGUCGGGGACUUUGUUUGGUCCCCAUCGCAAGCACAUUCCCGGUGGUGAGUGAGACGGCGUCGCCAGACUUCUGGCAUCCUGCAUUACUUGGAGCAACCUUCAGAUAAAGAUCAAGGAGUACAAGUGCUUGCUGAUUAAUUUAUUUAUGUUACUUCUAUAAGAUAAGUGUUUCAGAGUAGUAAUUUUCAG